CUCCCAUCAACCCAUUGACUUCCUCCCGCCUCUCGGUAUAACUUCACCAGGGACGAUCGAAUGUCGCUUCAGAUGAUCCCUUCUUUUUAAUCUUUCAUUGGUUUUCAUCGUUCCUUUCUCUCCGGGCCAUUAUGGCCGACUCCCCUGUUGAUGCCCUUUUGAAGGGCAGCUCGGGCAGGACCACGCGCGGCAUGCUGCGCAUCAUCAUCUUGACCAUUAUCGCCGCCGCCGCAGUGUCCUCCCGUCUGUUCAGUGUGAUUCGUUUCGAGAGUAUCAUCCACGAGUUCGAUCCGUGGUUCAACUUUCGCGCAACAAAGUACUUGGUUCAACAUGGCUUCCAUAGCUUUUGGGAUUGGUUCGAUGACCGGACAUGGCACCCGCUGGGACGAGUGACGGGUGGUACGCUGUACCCCGGUCUGAUGGUGACCAGCGGUGUUAUCUACCACAUCCUGCGGUUCCUGACGAUUCCGGUUGACAUUCGCAACAUCUGCGUACUUUUGGCGCCCGCUUUCUCGGGCCUGACCGCAUUCGCCAUGUAUCUGUUGACCUGCGAGAUGACGGUUUCGCCCUCCGCCGGUCUUCUUGCUGCGGCGUUUAUGGGCAUCACCCCCGGUUACAUCUCGCGGUCCGUCGCCGGUAGCUACGACAACGAGGCGAUUGCCAUUUUCCUGCUGGUCUUUACCUUCUACCUGUGGAUCAAGGCUGUCAAGAAUGGCUCGAUCAUGUGGGGUGCGCUCACCGCGCUGUUCUACGGCUACAUGGUGUCGGCCUGGGGCGGUUACGUCUUCAUCACCAACCUGAUUCCCCUGCACGUCUUCGUCCUUCUCUGCAUGGGGCGAUACAGCUCUCGUUUGUAUAUCAGCUACACGACCUGGUAUGCUCUAGGAACAUUGGCUAGCAUGCAGAUUCCUUUCGUCGGAUUCCUACCGAUCCGGAACAGUGACCACAUGUCUGCCUUGGGUAUCUUUGGUUUGAUUCAGCUCGUUGCGUUCGCCGACUUUGUCCGGGGCUUCAUCCCCGGCAAGCAAUUCCAGCGCCUGCUGACGACGAUGAUCAUUCUCGUUGCUGCCGUCGCCUUCCUUGGCCUGGUCGUCCUCUCGGCCUCCGGCGUUAUCGCCCCGUGGAGCGGUCGUUUCUACUCCCUGUGGGAUACAGGCUACGCCAAGAUCCAUAUCCCGAUCAUUGCGUCCGUAUCCGAACACCAACCGACUGCCUGGCCCGCCUUUUUCUUCGAUCUGAACUUCCUGAUCUGGCUCUUCCCUGCCGGUGUCUACAUGUGCUUCCGUGAACUCCAUGACGAGCACGUGUUCGUCAUCAUCUACUCCGUCCUCGCAAGCUACUUCGCCGGUGUCAUGGUUCGCCUCAUGCUGACCCUGACUCCGAUCGUCUGUGUCGCCGCGGCUGUGGCUCUCUCGACCAUCAUCGAUACCUACGUCCUCACCACGCCCGGACCCCUCCCCCGUGCGAAGUCCAGCGCGGACAGCUCUUCGGACGGGCUGCGUUCGACCCGGGGCCCGGUCGUUGGCAUUACCUCGUAUGUGUCGAAGGCCAUCGUCACGGUAUCAGUCGCGAUCUACCUCCUUCUCUUCGUCGCACACUGCACUUGGGUCACCUCGAACGCAUACUCGUCUCCCUCCGUCGUUCUGGCGAGCCGCUUGCCGGAUGGAAGCCAGUUCAUUAUCGAUGACUACCGCGAGGCAUACUACUGGCUUCGCCAGAACACGCCUGAGAACGCGAAGAUCAUGUCCUGGUGGGACUACGGCUACCAGAUCGGUGGCAUGGCGGAUCGCCCGACCUUGGUCGACAACAACACGUGGAACAACACUCACAUCGCUACAGUCGGCAAGGCGAUGAGCUCGCCCGAGGAGGUCAGCUAUCCCAUCCUCCGCCAGCACGACGUGGACUACGUGCUGGUGGUGUUCGGCGGACUGCUGGGUUACUCCGGCGACGACAUCAACAAGUUCCUGUGGAUGGUCCGGAUUGCGGAAGGCAUCUGGCCGGACGAGGUCAAGGAACGGGAUUUCUUCACGGCGCGGGGCGAGUAUCGGGUCGACGACGAAGCCGCGCCCGCCAUGCGUAACAGCUUAAUGUACAAAAUGUCCUACCACAACUACCACAGCCUCUUCCAACCCGGCCAAGCCAUGGACCGCGUCCGCGGCUCCCGACUCCCCGCCGAGGGACCCCAGCUAUCCACACUGGAAGAAGCCUACACGAGCGAGAACUGGAUCAUCCGAAUCUACAAGGUCAAGGACCUGGACAACCUGGGACGGUCCCACAACAACGCUGUGGCCUUUGACCGCGGCCAGAAGCGCAAGCGAGCGACCAAGCGCAAGGGACCGAGGGUUCUGCGAACCGAGUAAGGAGGGGGAAAGCAGAGUCUGGCAUUUCUGUUCUGUUCUGCCUCUUGGGAUGGUCUGUCUAUCCCUAUUUCCCUGAUAGCGUCUUUGGUUUGCUUUGUUUUGUGUUUUUGUAACAAGU